AUGUGGCGAACGCAGCCUCGUCGCUUUCGGGCUGUGCGCCAGCCCAAGCCCAAGCCCGAGUCCCAGCGCCUCACCCAGCCCGAGCCCCAGCGCGUCGGCCAGCCCGGGCUUCAUGUUGACAUUCUGCCCAAAGCCGACAAUGGGACGGUGGUGCCGGUGCCGGUGCUGGGCUUCCGCCUCAUCCGGGCCGCGCAGAUCAACGCCAGCGGGGCCGUGACCCUUCCGGCCACGUUCGUCAAUGGGACGUGGAGCAGGGUGAACAGCAACGCGCUGAACGCGAGCCAGUCGUUCAUCUACGCGUGCCGGCUGGCAUUCCCCAACGGCACCGCGCUGCGGCCGGAGCCCGCCACGCUCCGGCUGCAGCUGUACAUUUUCAACCGGUCCUUGAACAUCACGCUCGACCGCCUGCUGGCCUACAACACGACGCCGGCCUACUCCAAGAUGACCCUGAGCAUCUCCCACUGGCCCUGGCUCGAGGCCGAGCAGCACGCGGCCGACCGCCUGCAGGUGCGGCUGCGCAUCACGCCACCGUUCAACGGCACCCUACAGGCCGGCAACGAGAGCAACGGCCUGGUGCAGACCUUCACGCUCACGGGCCAGGCCCUGCCGCCCUUCAUCGAGAAGCUGCUCAACGGCCGCCAGCUGGUGCGGCGCGUGCGGCUGGUGGACGCGGUGGAGCUCGACAGCCAGGUGGUGGUGACCAACACGAGUGCGCUGUCAAUGCUCGGGGCCGAGCGAAGCAAGGUCGAUUUCGCGCUGAACAUCACCACAUCCGAGCUCGUGCUCUCGUUCGGCCACUUCAACUCCACCCUCGUCUACGACCCCGAUUUCGGGGUAUUGCUCGAGGGCAAGGAGAACGGCGGAGGAGAUGGGAACGGGGUUGGGAGCGACGACAACACGGCCCUGAUCGUGUCGGUCUCCGUAUUGGUGCCCGUCGCGGUGCUGGUCGUGGUGGCCGUCGUGGUCGGCGCGCUCGUGCUCACGCGGCAGGCACGAGCCCGAUUCACCGCCGCCGCCGUCCAGUCCACCGCCAACAUCAACUUUUCGUCAGAGGACCUCUGA